AUGGGUGUUCCUGGGCAAUUGAUUAAGGGCAUCGGAGCUGCGGCAGCAACAUCCGAUGGUCGUCGUCGUGGAGACGGAGUGUUCAUGGCCACGGCUGUCGACUGUGCUUCAGACGGGAGGUUGAGAGGUGAGCGUGUCAUUACACCUGGCCACACGAAACCGACAGACGUGGAAUGGUGGCUUCGAGACAAGCUACAGUCCUUGAACUAUACUACGUGGUUCCACCCAGACGUCACCGUCGUGCUACCAAGUACCGAUGUACCGCAGAACCCACCGUUCGUUGGCAAGGAACUGAUCGAGCACGGAGAUUUGCUUCACGUAGACUUCGGCGUUACUGCUCUGGGCCUCAACACAGACACUCAGCACCUGGCGUACGUUCUUCCACCAGGAAGAUCAAAACAGGACAUUCCUAAAGGUUUCCGCGAUGGCCUGCGUAAAGCCAAUCAGUUACAAGACAUUGUUGGUCGAAUGAUGCGGCCAGGCUUCACAGGCAACCAAAUCCUCAAGUAUGCUCAGGACGAGAUGAAGUCCCAGGCAAUCGAAGGACGAAUCUACUCGCAUCCGAUAGGCGACUGGGGACAUUCGGCUGGGACGCUGAUUGGCAUGUCAAAUCUGCAAAAAGGUGUCUCGGUCCUUGGCGAUCUCGAGCUGUUGAAGGACAUGUAUUACAGCAUUGAGCUGUAUGCUGAGCAUUUCGUGCCAGAGAUGAACGACACUUUCAACUUCUUCCUUGAGGAGGAUGUGUACUGGGACCGGGACACUGAGCGCUUCGAAUGGGUCUACGGCAGACAGGAGGAGUUCCAUCUGAUCAAGUCUAGAGACCCGGCGAUGCUGCGGGUGCAGGGCUAA